GCAGAAAUGGGGAUGUGGAGAAGAAUGAAAUCAGGUUUUGCAAACUAGAAAUAACCCAGAUCCCAGAUCCAAAGAAGUGCAGCAGGAAGCAAACUCUAAACUUUUGUAGGCAGCAAAAUCAGCAGGAAAAAAAUGUUAAUUUUCUGCUUUAAAUAGUGGGGUUGCAGGAGUGCAUGGAUGAAACAGUGGACUGCACAGAAACUUAGUGAUGCCAUCUUUGAAGAGGAAAUCUGAAAGAAUGAAAUAGACUGAGGCCACAGCUUGGACCCUGGCAGGGGAAGGAAUCAAGUAAAGAUGGACAAGUUUCGGAUGAUCUUCCAGUUUUUCCAGUCCAACCAGGAGUCCUUCAUGAAUGGCAUCUGUGGGAUCAUGGCCCUUGCCAGCACCCAGAUGUACUCAGCCUUUGAUUUCAACUGCCCCUGCCUGCCACAGUACAACCUGGCCUACGGGCUGGGCAUCCUCCUGGUGCCCCCCUUCAUCUUGUUCCUGCUGGGUUUUGUGCUCAACAACAACAUCUCCAUGCUGGCAGAGGAGUGGCGGCGGCCGCGGGGCCGGCGGGGGAAGGACCCGGCCGUGCUGCGCUACAUGUUCUGCUCCAUGGCACAGCGGGCCAUGAUCGCCCCCGUGGUGUGGCUGUCGGUGACACUGCUGGACGGCAAGUGCAUCACCUGUGCCUUCUGCACCUCGGUGCCCGUGGAGACCCUGGGCAAUGCCAGCCACCCCCGCCUCUCCCAGGGGGAGGUGCAGCGGCUCCUCGCCCGAAUCCCCUGCAAGGAGAUCUACAAUGGGCAGCAGCUCAUUGCCAACGAAGUGGCCGUCAGGUACCUGCGCUGCAUCUCACAGGCUCUGGGCUGGUGCUUUGUGCUGCUGAUGACCACUCUGGCUUUCUUGGUCAGAUCACUUCGGCCCUGCUUCAGCCAGGCUGCCUUCCUGAAGAGCAGAUACUGGUCCCACUACAUCGACAUCGAGCGCAAGCUGUUCGAUGAGACGUGUGCAGAGCAUGCCAGGAGCUUUGCCAAGGUCUGCAUCCAGCAGUUCUUUGAGGGCAUGAGCACAGACCUGGUGGCUGCUCACUGCCACCUGCCCAGGAAAGCCCCUGCUGACGCAGGGGAAGCUGCUGAGAAGCUCCUGGGCAUCACCGACCAGGGCACCAUGAACAUGGCCCUGAAGAGCUGGCACAGAUGCAAGCCCCCACUGCACCUCCACCCACCUGCCCAACCCACUGGAAAUGGCUGGGCAGGAGAAGGGCAGCCCUCCACGCACCCCUCUGCAUCCCGAAAAGAGACAGCUGCCUACUACAGCUGGGUGUGAGGGCUCACAGGGAUGGGCAGAGGCAGAAUCACGUUUUUGUGAGAUGGGCUGCAGAGAGAGCAGAAACCAGGGCACGGGCAAGGGCUGGUGCCACAGGAGCUGCAGGGGAACAGGCACCCAAAGGGCUCAGUGUGAUCCCAUCUGCUCCCAUCUGCUGUCACAUCCAGUCCCGCAGCGUCGGUGAUCCAGGAAACGAGUUGUGUGCCAGGAAGGAUAAUUUUGCAAGGCCAUGGUGGACGAGCCCCAGGGAUGCUGAGGGGUGCAAUGUGGCAGCCAGAUGUGCUGUGUGUCCCACACCACUGAG